AUGUUUGCGGUUGACCUGCUGGACGCUUUGGCAGAGGCGGCGGUCCUCCUGAUAUUUGAUUGGACCCCGACCUCCGCGGCUGGCGAUGAGGACAACGAUCUCGAACUCGGCAGCGACCGCUUCACGGGCGUGAACAGCUGGAGUUCGCUGGACUCCUUCCUUCCGCGAAGCCAGAUGAAUACAACGUGUUCGGCCAACAACUGCAGCUCGGCGACACCCAGGACGCCCUCCUUUGAUGGCAGCAGCUUUGUGCAGGUGACGGCUGAGGAGCUUCAGAUGACACCGUUCGAUCAGCCUGUCGGCGGCCACGAGUACCACUCCUGGACUACCGAGCGUGAGCGUGCCAGCUGCUCGACGAGCACCAUCUCGAGUUGGGCCGUGCCCGUGAGGCCGCUUCAGGCAAAGUAA